CACAUCCGCGAGCCUCAGCCUCACCGAAAGCCAACGGCGUGAGCGGGAAACCCGCUGCUCAGGAGACGGCGGGGCUCACGGUGGUGCACGGGCCCCCACCGAUGAGGGACCGACUCGAAAGACCUGAGGGGGUGGCACUGCCCGCUCCCCGCCGGGGCUGCCAGGGCCCGCUGCGGCCGUUCGAGGAUCGAUCUCUCGGCGCUCGGCAGGCGGCGGCCUCGCUAUGGCGCUGAGCGGGCUGCGGGUGCUGGAGCUAGCGGGCCUGGCGCCGGCGCCGCUCUGCGGCAUGAUCCUCGCCGACUUCGGGGCCCGGGUGGUGCGGGUGGACCGGGCCCCCCGCUCCGCCGUAGCCACCGACGUGCAGGGCCGCGGCAAGCGCUCCUUGGCGCUCGACCUCAAGCGGCCCCCGGGCGCGGCGGCCCUGAGGCGGCUGUGCAGUGGGUCGGACGUGCUGAUCGAGCCCUUCCGCCACGGUGUCAUGGAAAAACUUGGUCUUGGUCCAGAGGUCCUUCUGCAUGAGAACCCCAGACUCAUCUAUGCUAGACUUACUGGAUUUGGUCAGACAGGAAAAUAUGCCAAGUCUGCAGGUCACGACAUCAAUUAUGUGGCUUUAUCAGGUGUGCUGUCAAAGCUGGGUAGAAAAGGUGAAAAUCCAUAUGCACCUUUAAAUCUUCUAGCUGAUUUUGCUGGUGGAGGUGUGAUAUGUGCACUGGGCAUUAUUAUAGCCCUUUAUGAACGUACCAUAUCUGGCAAAGGGCAGGUUGUUGAUGCAAGUAUGGUAGAAGGAAUAGCAUAUAUAAGUUCUUUUCUGUGGAAAUCACAAAAUUUAGGACUCUGGAACAGACCACGAGGUGAGAACCUACUAGACAGUGGUGCACCAUUUUAUGAAACCUACAAGACCUCUGAUGGAAAAUUCAUGGCUGUUGGUGCUAUUGAGCCUCAGUUCUAUGACCAGUUAAUAAAGGGUCUUGGGCUGGAUUCAGAUAAACUUCCCAGUCAGUUGAGUUUCUCUGACUGGCCUGAAAUGAAGAAAAAGUUUGCAUCCAUCUUUGCACAGAAGACACAAAGUGAAUGGUGCAGUAUAUUUGAUGGAACUGAUGCCUGUGUGACCCCUGUUUUAUCCUUUGAUGAUGCUCCCUUACAUCAGCAUAACAAACAAAGGAGUUCUUUUAUCAAAAGUGAUCAGGAAGAGAUAAGUCCUAGACCUGCUCCUCUUCUUUCAAGGACCCCUGCUGUUCCAUCGUUUAAAAGAGAUCCUUUUAUAGGCGAGCACACAGAAGAGAUACUUCUAGAAUAUGGGUUUACUCAGCAAGAGAUUGCUAAACUUUAUUCUGAUAAAGUAAUAGAAUCCAACAAACUAAAAGCUAAUCUAUAAUCUGACGGUGCAAAUCAGAUGAACUUUGGGCUAAUGCAGUAAGAUUUUAUGUAUUGAAUUACAUGACAACUGAAUAUUAUUGUGCUGUUUCUUUUAAAUGAAUGUUUUAAAUGAAGUUUUAAAUUUAGUGGAAAACAGUGGGAGUUCUGUGUCUGCAUACCAGGAUGGUUUGUGGUCUACAGUGACACCAAAGAUGUGUUCUGAAGUUCUACACUAUUUGUCAUAGUAAGCAGAUGUAAGUCCUCAAAAUAUUUUUUAAAUGGUAUAUCCUGUGAAACUUUCAGUUCUUUUAACUCAUAGUUAAGCUGUUCCUUUGUAAUGUAUGCCAUAAUUACUUGAAGGCAAUACUCUCCUUAAAAUACAGUUACGUGCUUACUAAGUAGUUGAUUUUUUACUCAUAGAUUAAAGGGGAUUUUUAUCUUACCAUAUUGGUUGAUUUGCCUUAUCAUACCAAAACAAUGAUUCGAAUAAUUGUGUUGCUGCAGAGUUAUUAUGAUGAAGUAAUUGUAUUUAAUAUUCUGUCUACAUUUUGUUAAAACGGUCUCCUGAUUGUAUUACAUUCGGCUUCCUAGUUUGCCUGAAAAAUCAUUUCAGAAAUAAAUUCCUCAUUAUAAAAUA